AAGUUUUGAAGAAGAAGAAGAAGAAGAGUACCAGGAACUUGGACCGCAAGUCCAACAAAGACUCGUCUUGUCCUGGUGAAGAGAGCAGCUCGGUUAUAGAAAUCUAUGGUGCUCAGCGAAUGAAAUGGGACAGAACCAAGCUAGGGUUGGAGAGCAACAGGGGACACUGGAGGAAAAGGAACCCAGCCCAGACCCAGGGGGUAGCAAGAAGGAAGGAAACGCAAGCGAGGUGACCUGCAGAGAGGUGGAGGAUGAAGCUGGACUGGUUAGGGAAAGGCUGGAUGUGAGCCCAGGCAUAGAGCCAGCAUCACCUACUCUGAAGCUGGAUACUUGUUCUCGCAAAAAAGGAGCCCCUCCUAUAGACUGGGAAUGGAUACAGGGAGGGGAUGGAGAAAGAGAGGGAGGAAAAGAAAGAGGAGAGGGCGAGGGAGGCAGGACCAAAGUUCGAGGUUUGCAGAAGCUGAACAAUAUUAGAGUCACUAAGAGAGGCACGUUGAACACUGAAGUGGCCGGCUCUUCAAAACCAGAGUGCAUAGCUGUGGCAGAAAGGAACAACAGGAUGGACCUGGAAAACUCAGCGAAUGACAGUCAUGAAUGGAAGGUAAUUCAUAAGGACAACAUCCAGGACCUUGCAUGGGACUCAUCUAGUGGAGUGGAGAAUGUUCAUUUUCAACAAUCCAAAUCAUCAGUCAAUGAGGAGAAGAGUGUCACUUCAGAGGUUACAGGCAGCCUUAAGAAACAAGAUGGAAGCAGCAUGACUGAUACUGUGGCUCUUCCAGGCAUCAACACCUUAAUUGUCACAGAGGAUUUACAUUACGAUCAUUUUCCAUUUGAAAUGCCUCUUCCAAGAUCUGAGGCACCAACCAGAGCCACAGAGAAGAACAAUGUAGACACAAUGAAUGCUCUAUUACAAAAGAAUUUACCUGGAGAAAUUCCACCAUGCCAAGAUGGACCUACUGCCAUCCUAAAGUCCUGUGAACCAAGCUUGGCUGAUGAAGACAGAGGAAAAUUAUCACUUUUUACUUCUUUUAGGGACAACCUACCAUUAAAAUGGAGAUCAACCAAAUCUGAAUGCCAGGAGAAGAUCAUUUCUAGUGAACCGAGUAGUUCAGGAGUACCGGAGCAUGUAGCAAUAUCAGAACAAAUAUAUGGAACAAAGAUACCAUCUCUUGCAAUGACCUUUGAUCUGUCGGAUAGAGCGGAGCUUAAAACAACAGAGAUGUUAUUACCGAACAGUGGAGAUGUCUGCGAUUUCGCCACCAUAGUGGAGCGCAAAAUCAGGGAUAACUUUGGAAAAAAAGAAAAAUACCAGGCUGCAGGUAGUAAUAUAGAGAGUAGUGAUACAACAGAUAAGAGCAUGACUAUCCCAGAUUCUUCAGUGAUGGCAUCUUUGGGCCUUACAAUGUACAGAGGUCCAACCAUGUCAAGUUUUGAAGAGCUGCAGGAAGAGGAGAGGUACUUGUCUCUGCCAGACCUGGAGAAUAAUGCAGAGAGAAAAACUGACAUAUCAUGCGAUGCAGGAGGAGCACAUAAGGCGACUGAAGAAUUCCCUCUUGAACAAGGAGAUAGAGUAGAUUAUUAUCCCCCAAAAGAAACAGCCAAUGUCCAAACUGAGAAAAUUCCUGAGCGGUUUUUGGAAGUGGUGACCAGACAGUCAGAGAUGCUGUCACUCCCUGACAUGACACAGGGCAUUAUGGGUGAAAUGGAUCCCCAUCUGGCCUUGAAUGCAUCCAUGGAAUCUAAAGAUGCUCUUGUUAGGGAGAAAGAAAUGAGAAAUCCAGACAUGCUUUGGGAUAAAGCUACAGAAUUAGAAAGCGAACUAUCAGGCAAAAUUAUGUUUUCCACCCAAGACAGGGACAAGGGAAACACUAUGGCAACAGAGAAAAUUUUGGAGGAACGAUCAACUGUAAUGUUAGAGAAAGAUCAAGGCAAAUCCUUUGGAGAGAUGACCUCAUCAAAGAGGGACCGAGACAACCAGAGUGUUGACAAAAACCUCACUUCGGUUACUGAUAUUCAUCAGGAAGCAUCAGUAUCCAUUUCUAACUCCAAGCUCAUCUCUGUCUCAGAGAGCACUGCAGGUCGUGAAGAGGGCAGGCCACUGCUGUCACAUGUAGACUCUGAGACUUGUGUACCUUUGACUGAAAUUUCAAAAUCUAUGGAGAGCCAUGAACUAAAGAAUAUGACAAAUGAGACAAAGCUUUGCAUUGAAGAACCCAUAAAAGCUUUCACUGGUCCUGUCAAGGAUGGAUGUGGGAGUCCUGUAUCACAGAACCCUGGGAGAGAUAAUUCCGCCACUUCUCUAGAUGUGCAAAUUUCCCCGCAAGUGUGCUGUAUGCAACACAAUACAGGACAAAACAAUCUUACACCGCAAUCCGUUGGACAGUCUCUCGCGUCAGACCGUGCCACUACUAUGCUAAGCCAAACUGAUCAAAGCAUUGGAACGAGGAAUGAUCAGACUCCUGUAUCUCAUCAGGGUGGUGUCCCAGCAAAGGAAAAAGCAGAAAACCCUCCAAAAGGCAAGCCUGUGUCUGACCUAAUAAAAGAAACCAUCCAGCUGCAUGAGAAGAUGAAGGAGUGGACCAAACCUGCAGAGGCUAAAGCUGAUGUGGUCUUGGACACCGCACAAAGUGUCAAAGUGGCGCAGAUGAAGGCAGCAUUCGACUUGCCAAAAAAGUCACUGGAUAAAGGUCUGGAAAGAAAACCUUCAGUGAAGAAAGAUAUGAGACGGGUUGUGCGGCAGAGUAAGUUCCGGCACGUGUUCGGCCAGGCGGUGAAGAACGACCAGUGCUACGAUGACAUCAGGGUGUCCCGGGUGACGUGGGACAGCGCCUUCUGCGCCGUCAACCCCAGAUUUGUUGCUCUCAUCGUGGACGCUAGCGGUGGCGGAGCGUUCAUGGUUCUGCCUCUUCAAAAGACGGGUCGUAUAGAUAAGGCCUACCCGACGGUAUGUGGACACACAGGGCCAGUGCUGGACAUCGACUGGUGUCCUCACAAUGAUCAGGUGAUCGCCAGCGGCUCAGAGGACUGCACCGUCAUGGUGUGGCAGAUCCCCGAGAACGGUUUGGUGACCUCCCUGUCAGAGCCUGUGGUGGUGCUGGAGGGCCACUCCAAACGGGUGGGCAUCAUCACCUGGCACCCGACGGCCCGCAACAUUCUGCUCAGUGCUGGUUGCGAUAACGCGAUCAUGAUCUGGAACGUGGGCACGGGCGAGGCACUCAUCACGCUGGAGGACAUGCACCCAGACGUCAUCUUCAGCGCGUGCUGGAACCGCAACGGCAGCCUCAUCUGCACCGCCUGCAAGGACAAGAAAGUGCGCGUCAUCGACCCGCGCAAGGAGGAGAUCGUUGCGGAGAAGGAUAAGGCCCAUGAGGGCGCGAGGCCCAUAAGAGCAAUCUUCCUGUCUGAUGGGAACGUCUUCACCACUGGCUUCAGCCGCAUGAGCGAGAGGCAGCUCGCACUCUGGAACCCGCAAAACAUGGAGGAGCCGAUUUCAGUCCAUGAGAUGGACACCAGCAACGGAGUCCUCCUGCCGUUCUAUGACCCCGACACCAACGUGGUGUACCUGUGCGGAAAGGGUGACAGCAGCAUCCGUUACUUUGAGAUCACUGACGAGGCGCCAUACGUGCAUUACCUCAACACAUUUAUCACCAAGGAGCCGCAGAGGGGCAUGGGCUACAUGCCCAAGAGAGGCCUGGACGUCAACAAGUGUGAGAUCGCCAGGUUUUACAAGCUGCACGAGAGGAAGUGUGAGCCCAUCAUCAUGACAGUGCCAAGAAAGUCGGACCUGUUCCAGGACGAUCUGUAUCCGGACACGGCCGGGCCCGAUUGCGCUAUCGAGGCCGAGGACUGGUUUGACGGCAAGAAUGGCGAACCUAUCCUGAUCUCGCUCAAGGACGGCUACAUCCCAGCCAAGAACCGCGACCUCAAGGUGGUCAAGAAAAACAUUCUGGACAACAAGCCCAAGCCCAGCAAGAAUUCAGAGAACAACACCGCUGCUCCUGCCACCAAAACGGCCAGCGCAGCCCCGAGUGUCAAAAACGAGUCAAAAUUGGACGAGGUGCUGAAAGAGAUCAAAUCCCUCCGAGAGCUGGUGAGCAGUCAGGAAAAGCGAAUUGCCAAGCUCGAGGAGCAGUUGUCCCAGAUGGACGUCUGAAGGACCCUUUUCCCCUCCCCCAGCUACUGUUCAGGAAAUUCUACUGGCCAGGUGGGCGGAACUAGUCACUGCCAGUCAUCGCGACUUCGUUCCGUCCGAGACCUGCCCAACAUUCCAAGAUGAACGUUUUUUGUUUUUUUUCUUCAUUCUUUCAUUCUCUUUUUUUUCUAACCCCUUGAACCAGUUCCAUUUGCAAAAUGACGGAAGCAUAGGUCUCUCUCAAAAGCCAAGAAUAUCUUUUUACUAAACCUUGUUCCAAAUGUGGCACUUGUGUUUUAUGUGGUGUUUUUUUUCUUUUCCAAAAGGUGUUAAGCAUUCUUUCUUUUCUCAUAGUCAAAAAAAAUUGUGACCAAUAUUCCAAUGUGAAGCAUUGAGUGUGCUCAAAUAUUGAAAUCAGUAUUGCAUUCCUCACUAUCCCUUCUUCUUUGUUGCCAAAUUUUUAGAGGAUGCUCGUAUAUGGGCCUCCUUGACAGUAUUUGACCAUAGGUUGUUUUUUUUUUUUUUAUAUAAUAUAAAUACACUUAGUCCACUUUGUACUAAUAAGGGACAUUGCAAUAGGCUGGGAAUGCAAGUGAGGGGAUUGAUUUGAUUUAUCUGACCAUUUAAAAGGUCUCUAUACAAGAAAAAUUCAUGUUUGAAAGUGAUUUUAACCAAGCAGGCUGUAUGUACAGAUUGACAGAGGAAAGCAACAUCUGUAUACUGAAACAGUUUUAUGAACAUUUGGAGCAUUUGGGUUUUUUUUUUUUUUUUUUUUUUUUUUUUUGCUGUUUGGAAAUGGUUUGUAUAGUGGUGUGACUGUUCAGCAUUGAUAUUCCAGUGGCCAUGAACACUGAACACGGUCACUGAGGUCUGAAUUUUCUCAUCAUUCCAGACACUUCCCUCUUUCCCAGAAACGGUAUCCUCCCAUUAUCCUUAAUGCAUGCAAUAAAGAUUUUUUUUCCCUCCCUAA